UCGUAGCAGAGCAGAAAUGGCGGAGGCGUGACCUUGUGAACCUAGUUUUUUCGUUCUUGGGGUUCUUUAGCAGGUGGCUGAAAUGCCGAUGGUGAGGUAUCGGAUAAGGAACGAGUAUGCUGCAGCGAAUCCGGAGGUCUAUCAGGCGGCGAACAAGGAUGAUCCAGAGGCACUUCUCGAGGGAGUGGCAAUGGCUGGCCUUGUUGGAGUCUUGAGGCAGCUAGGAGACCUCUCGGAAUUUGCUGCAGAGAUAUUUCAUGAUUUGCAUGAAGAAGUGAUGGCAACUUCUGCUAGAGGGCAUGAGCUGAUGUUGCGUGUUCAGCAAAUAGAGGCAGAGUUUCCAUCAGUAGAAAAAGUAUUAUUCUGUAGAACUGAUUAUUCACAUUGUGCUUAUAAUGCAGGUAUCGACUGGCAUUCUAAUCUUAUAGUGAAUCAGAAUUUAGUCACACAAGGAGAUAUGCCUCGUUUUAUAUUGGACUUAUAUGAAGAAUGCCGUGAUCCUCCACGGUUAUUCAUGAUGGAUAAGUUUGAUAUUGCUGGUGCUGGGGCAUGCUUGAAGAGGUACUCGGAUCCUUCGUAUUUCAAGACACAUUCAACCACCUUUCUGAUGAUGGAACCAAAGCUUCACGGAGAAAAGAGAGCUCCAAAACUCAAUAAAAAGGGAUCACAUUGUAGAAGCAGUAAGAGUGAGUGUUUUUUUACAUCAAUUAUCGGCAAUUCUGAACUUACUGCUUCUGAACAAGUAAUAGAGAAAUAUCCAACAAGGCAUAUCAAGUUGAAACACAAGAACUUUAUAGUUUCAGAUAUAAGUAAACAAAGCUAUAUGGAAGACAGCUGGAAAGAUCUAAAUGGUGUAGUGACAGCUCCUUCAAUAGUAACAAAGGAAGUUCUUCCUCUUUCUCCUAGAGCUGAGGCCAUUGUUAAAAUAGAGGGCCAGAAAGCAGAAGAUGAUGAAUUUUUGGAAGCAAUGUCUGUACUGUCUGGUGUUUCGCAAAAAGUAUAUCCAACCUCUGGAAUUGCUAAUCAAGGCACGAUGUUGUUGGAACUUGGGAUUAAAGUAGGACACGCUUUUGACCAUAGGUCUGGUGAAACUGAUACGUGUCCUCCAGCAGGACAGCCAGGAGAUCAGAACAACGUUUUUGCUAUUAGUGGAUUAAUUCUAUUUGAUGAUCAUGAGGGUUACAGAUCUGAUGAUAUUGAGAGUGAGCUGGAAAAUUAUGUUGAUGCCUUAAACACCAUGGGAUCGGAACUGGAGACGGAUUCUGAGAGAACUAAGUUAGAUCCAGGUUUCUUUAAUAGUAUAUCUCGAGGGACAGAUCCUUCCAUUGAUGGAAAUCUUGAGCUACAAACUCAAUCCGCUGGAUCAGGUUAUGUUGGAAGCUUGAAAUCGGUAAAAAUAAAAGAUGAAACUCAUAAUAUAUCAGAAUCAACAUCUUCAGUUGAUUUAAGUUAUCAGCCACUAUGGAAGGGAACUGUUUUUGAAGCAACUUCUGGUUCUGAAAUUAACAAAUUUAAAACAGAAAUUGAAGAUGGUACUUUGCCUGGGAAGGCUUCUUCUUUAUUUUUUAAUGAUUCAACAUUGGACUUGAAGGUUGAUGGACAAGGAAGGCUGACAGGAGAUUUAGCCAAUAAAACUUCAUCAAAUUACUUGGAGGACAGUGAUGAAGAAAAUAAACAGGUAGAAUCUAGCUUGCAAUGCCCUGUUGAUAGAGGGGUUUCAGAAAAGAUUAUUUCUCUUGAGACGUUAACCACAUGUCAGAUGCCUAAGCCUCCACAAGAGCAUGCAGAAAGCUCUAUUUUAGAUAUUUUGACAGUUGUUGAAGAUUCCUUGCAUGAUUCAAUGGAGGGCAAUGAAACCAAUUCUGUUGAUCAGUUUUCACCCAAAAGUUCAGCCUUUUCUCUGGAGAUUGUUUCAUCCAUUUUUCAGUUUGAAAGCUUAACUACUGAAGUGAGGAAUAUUUCUAUGAGCGAAGACGAACUUGUGCAUCCACAGUCUCCAGCUAGCUCCAGAAAUGUUGAUGUUGAAGAGCGCGAACCAGCAAUCUCUCCAGCCAUUGCUUUUGAGUUAGAGCAUUCCUCUAAUGCUGAUGAAGCACAGGAGUCUGCUGCCAUCGAUAUGGUGGAGUCAUUGCCAUCAGGUUGUGGAGAAAACCCAAAUGCACUUCAAUUGCAGCCUAAAGAUUUGGAGUUGAUUGAGAAAAAUGGAAAAACACAUGUCCGUGAUUCAUUGGAAUUUGUGGAUGUAUCUAAUAAGCUUAGUGUUUGGUAUGAUGAGCUCUUACUUGAGGAAAGUAUGAGCAAUGAUUCAAAUGCCGGGAAGGUUAUCACUGCCGAUGGUUUACAUGACCAGGUUCUCCACAUGUUUCAAUCUGCAAAAGUAUCCAGUUUUGAUGUACAUUCGCUGAAAGAUCUAAUUUCACAGACUGAUACUUCAUGUCAGCCAAACCCAGAUAUUGAAGAGCCUUCUAUUACUAGAGACUCAGCAUUCUCACUCUCUCAGAACAAACCAUUUGUGCCGUUUGCUCUGAACGAGGACCUAGAAAUUUUUGAUAAUGCAGCAUCAAGAGGGUGGCCAUCUGCUCAGGAUUUAUCCAACUCAUUUGAUGAUAAAUUAGUGUAUGCUAAUGUUGAUGAUAUUCACGUGGAAUUACAUCCCAGCCUUGAAGGGCAUAACAUAUGUUCAAGAGAAAAUAAUCAAGAUUCUGAUUCUAAGUAUGAGAAUGUGAUCUCUGAAGAAGGUACUACUGUCAAGGUUCUUUCCCUGUUACAAUCUUCAAAAGGCUGCAGCUUUGAUUUAAAUAUUCUAAGAGAUCCAAUUUCUGAGGAUGCUGCCUUGAAUCAGUAUAAAUUGGAGAGUGAUAAAUCAGAGAUUGCAGAUUCUAAUUCAAAAUCUGAGAACAAAAUCACUGAAGAUGGUACCGAUGGUGAGUAUCUUUCCUUGUUACAAUCUUUAGAUAUAUCCAACCUUGAUGCACAGCUUCAAGAAAAUCAUUUUUCUGAGGAUUCUUCCUUGAAUCAGCAUAAGAAAGAGGCUGAAGAGCCUGUUAUUUCAAGUGAUUUGACAUUUUUGAAAUUUGAACGCAAGAUUUUUGUGCCUCUUAGUAGGAACAGGAACCAACAUGAGUUCGUUGGUGCAAGUUCAAGCUCUCAAUUAUUUUCUCUAGAUUUAUCUAACUUUACUGAUGUUAAAUUAGCUGAUGAUAAUCAAAUGAAAUUUUAUCACCAUACUUAUGAAGCGAAUUUAGCAUGCUGCAGAGAAGAUGAGCAAGAUUUCGAUUCAAAAGCUUCCAUGCAGCAUUUUCAGGUUGAUGCUGGAAGGUUAGAAGUGCAACCUCAGCAAGCUUCCAUAUCUCAAGCAGUUGAAGAGCCAAUUACAGUACCUUUAAGGACAGGUGGCGAUAAUAUUGACCCUUAUGACAUACGUUUUAAUGAAGUUUGCUCUGAUCAACCUAUUGAUAGUCAGAAUAAUUUGGAGCAAGAGCUCGUGACAUUGUGUGACCAAGGAUGCAACAGUAUGAUGAGUAUACCUUCGUCAAGGAUAGAUGAGACGAAGCAGACAAAGUUUGACCUCUUUGAUCCAUUCCAAGAUAUUACCGAGUACCCUGGAAGUUCCAUUGCUCGUGUUGCAUUGACUUCAGAAUCACCACUAGUUGCAGAUUUCAUCAUUCCCAAUUCUUUGACUAGUGCCCGGGAACCUUUUGAAAAAUUGGCAGAUGAAAUGAUCUCCAGAUUUCAAAUACGAGAAGACAAUGAGGAAGCACCGCCCCUACCACCACUUCCCCCUUUGCAGUGGAGAAUAGUUAAACCUCGUUUGGAAUCUCUAGUUGCAAGUGAGCAUAUAGCUCAACCAGUAGAGAAGACUAAUCCAUGCAUAUUACGACAAAACACAGGCCAGCAGAAAAAAAGCUCCUUUGUUACUUUAUCUGCUCAAAAAGAGAGGUUUCAGCAGGUUUCUUCAAGUACAGAUGGAAUGCUAGAGUCUGAAAAAUUGUCAGAGUUGCCUCCAAUUUCCAUGGAUUUGAGGGAACAACUAGAAAUUACAUCUUCUGAAGUCAAAACGGUUCAUUCUUCAGACCUAUCUUUGAUAAUGCCAUCUGAAGAAGAUGGGAAACAUGCAGAUGGUAAUGUUGCAGUAAUUGGAGAGAGCACACUUACCAUUCCGUUGCUCAAGGAUCAAAUGCCUCAACACCCUGAUCUUUUGGAAGCAGGCAACCUAGAAGAAACAGGACAAAAGCUUGUCAAGUUUCUAGCAGGUUUUGAGUUGGAAGGAUUACAAGAACCCCCAAUAAUUGAUAGAGAUGCGUUGACACCUUUGAAUUCAUUCCCGGUCAUGUCAACAACAAGAGAUGGUAACUGUCAAUAUAUGUAUGGAGAUUAUGGUGGUUUUGAAGGGGAAGGCGUUCAGCAUCACAAUUUCUCAGGACUAUCUCCAAUAGCAGCUUACGACAUUCCCCAUUACGAUUAUCAUAUGUUUGUAAAGGGCAGUAAUUCAUAUAAUGUCUAUGAUAUCUUGCCGCUUGAAAUGAAAGGUGAUAAACCAAAUGAAAAACCAUAUUCCAUUCGAAACCGUCCAAGGGAUCAUCUGAUAGAGGCUGUGGUUGCUCAAGAUAAAAGCACGAUGCGGAGGGUUUCAGAACUUGGUUGGCCAUUGACAAAGCCACCAGAAGAUGAAAGGAACUAUUUACUGGAACAAAUAAAAAAUAAGUCUUUCUACCUGAAACCAGCAACUUCAGCAAAGCCAAACAUUUUGAAAACUCAUCCGGCAAAUUUAAAGGUUGUUGCCAUUCUGGAAAAAGCGAAUACAAUCCGAAAGGCAUGUGUUGGUAGUGAUGAAGAUGAUGAUAAUUGGAGUGACUCAUGAAGGCCACAUUGUUUCCUCUGCAAAAUUUUCAAAUCCAUAGCAAACCAUGUCUUGAAAAUCUGAUCAACUUUGCUAAUCCAUCAGUCCAAGUUGAUUUAGUAAUUAGUGGAGUCCCUGGAGCUGCAAUAGCUUUUGAAGUCCUCUUUAAACCUAAGAAGCUAGCAAAUGUGUAUUAAGAGGAUUUCGUUCCCAUACUGUACGUAGCUUGCCAUGCAUAUUCUUACCUUCUAUUCUUCCUUUGACAUGUGUAAUAUCCUAGAGUUAGGCUGGCCCUAGAUAUAAAUGAAAUGAAUCUUGUUCUUUUCAACAUAUAACUGUAUUGUUGCCAUUUUUAGGGUGUAAAUGUAUGUGUUAAAAUUAUUUUUCGAAGGAUAUGGCUGUGCUUGGUUUCUUUAACAGAUAUUAGCUUGCUUUGUCAUUUGGUAGCCUGGUAAGUUCAGGAGGAUUUCAAUUCAACCAUAAUGAGAUA